AUGGCACAGGUAGCCCGGACGGUCCUCGCUUUUCAGUACGAUGCGGAACUCAAUACGAUCGACAGUUUAGUGAUAGCAGUCCGGCCUUUCAGCGCCCUUGAGGAGCCAAACCGCAAACUCUUCAAGUCUGGUGGAGACAGUGAUUACAUAGUAGUCACAGAGCGAACGAUAUUCCAUCCGCAAGGCGGCGGCCAGCCAUCUGACGUUGGCUCGAUGACAGGGCGCGGCGGGAAUUGCUUCACAGUGACCGCAGUCCGUAUGGAUGCUGUCUGCGAAGGCCAAGUACUGCAUCUCGGCCGGUUCAGCAACGGAGAAGGCUCUUCUGUGUCUACUUUUAGGGAGGGGGAGACUGUCACGCAGGAAAUCGAUGGUGAAAAACGCCUACUAUAUUCUCGGUUGCACACGGCGGGCCAUGUCCUCAGCGCAUCUGUCAGGCACCUUGUGAAAAGCGAAGUUGAAAACUUUGCAGAGCUCAAGGCAUCGCAUUUCCCAGGCGCGGCGGGUUGCGAGUUCCAGGGUCUCAUUGAUGGCAAAUGGAAAGAUGCAAUCCAGAACAAGGUAGAUGAAUCUAUUGCCGCAAAACUUCCUGUUAGCGUUGAAUGGUGGGAUGCGGAGGACUUCCGAAAAAACGGGGUCGACCAUUUACUUCCAACUGGCGAUUUAAUCGCACCAGGCGAGAAGUUUCGCAUAAUCAAUAUUGCCGGUCUAGAUAGGUAUCCCUGUGGAGGCACUCACGUCAAGACAACCGAUUUAUGUGGCCGGACAACAGUGAAGAAGAUAUCGCGAAGAACGGGGCAGUCCAAGGUCAGCUAUUCUGUCGAUUGA